AUGCCUCCUUCCAACGACUAUCCCCAACCCAUCCUCUUCACCAAGAAAUGGCACACCAAGCCCUAUCCCUUCAUCUCGCCCGCGCGCCCCGAACUCUCCGCCGCCGGCAAGAAUGUCAUCGUGACCGGGGGCGGCAGCGGCAUCGGCAACGCCAUCGCCGUCGCCUUCGCCCAAGCGAACGCCAAAUCCGUCUCGAUCCUCGGUCGUCGUCUGCAGACUCUCCAAGCGGGGGCAGAGACAAUCACCGCCGCAGCCACAGCAGCCGGCACCUCCACCCAGGUCCUCUCCGCGACAGCCGAUCUCCGCCACCGCGACGCAGUCGACCAGGCCCUCGCUUCCAUUGUGUCGCAAGUCGGGCAGAUCGACAUCUUCGUCUCGAACGCGGGGACCCUGCCCCCUCCGGGCCUGAUCCGGGAGUCCGACGGCGCAGCGGUGUUGACAGGGGUAGCGGAAAAUCUCCAGAGCGCGUGGAACGCGGUGCAGGGGUUCUUGGCCGUCGCGGCCCCUGACCCGAUCUUGCUCAACACCUCUUCGUGUCUCGCCAACAGCGCGCCGAUGUCCGGAUUCAGCGGGUACGCCGUGGCGAAGGCGGCCGUGUUGAAGAUGAUGGAGUACGUCGCGGCCGAACACCCCGAGGUGCGCGUGGUAAGCGUCCAACCGGGCUGGGUGGCUACGGAGAUCAACGGGUAUCAGGCGGAGGCGCCAGAUCAAGCCGACUUGCCGGGCCAGUUUUAUGUCUGGCUGGCUUCUGCGGAGGCAGCAUUUCUCCGGGGAAAGUUUGUCUGGGCGAAUUGGGAUGCGGAGGAACUCGUACAGCGAGCCGAGGAGAUCCGGGACUCAAAGCUCUUGAACUGA